AUGGCGGAGAUGAGAGGCAUGCUCCUACUACUGCUCUGUGUUUCCCACUCUUCUGCCAGAUGUGGCAUCCAGAAAGUCUUCCAACGGGACACUUCCCAGAAUGUGGUCUUCAGCAAGGAGUUCCCGUGGGUGGUGUCACUGCAGAACUCCCGGUACAAACACCUGACUUUCGGCUGCAUCCUCAGUGAGUUCUGGAUCCUCAGUAUCGCAUCCACCUUUCAGAACAGGAUGAACGCCGUCGUUAUAGUUGGUAUAGCGAACAUGGAUGGCAAAAAAAUAGCCCAUGAAGAGUAUCCAGUCAAUACCAUCAUCAUCCACGAGGACUUUGAUAACUUCUCAAUGAGCAAUAACAUAGCCCUCCUGAAGACAGACACGGCCAUACAGUUCAAUGACCUGGUCCAGCCCAUCUGCUUCCUCGGCAGGAAGCCACAUACGCCACCAGUCUUGCAGAACUGCUGGGUGUCAGGAUGGAAUCCCACGUCUGCAACAGGAAAUCACAUGACGAUGAGUAUCCUGAGGAAAAUCUCUGUGAAAGAUGUUGAGCGGUGUCCCUUACGCAAGGACCAGAACACAGCAUGCGGCAGUAACACACACCAGGAAGCAGAGCCCACCUGCUUGGCAGACCCAGGAAACCCAGUGAUGUGCCAGGUACAGCACUCAGACGUGUGGGUCCUGAAGGGAAUCCUGUCGCGCGGUGACAAGCGAUGCACCAUCCCCUUUCUGUACACCAAGGUAGAAAACUACGGCGACUGGAUCAUGGCCAAGACUGAGUGGGUCGGCCCCACCCUCUCUCACUCCCGCCCCUGGGAGAAGAAAACCCCUCUCUUUGGUGUCCUGUCACAUGCCCCAGAGCUGAGGGAUGCCGUGACACAGAAGACACAUUCGGGGCUGCGCCAAGCUGGAAGGUCCAGAGUAGGCCUCAGAGGACACGGCUGGGGCAUCCGGGGUUCAUGGCCGGCAAACGCCUCUAGAAAUAGCCUACACCUGAUAAAGGGUCUGAGCGGUUCCAGCAGGUCUGACCAUGGCGUCCUCCAACCCAUGUACUAUGACUACUACGGCGGGGAGGACAGGCUUAUUUCAGGUCAGAAUAGGUUAUAUGUGGCCCGGGAAGUGACGGUCAGCCUGGUUCAAGAGUCGGGGACACCAGCCAGCACAGGGCACAGUGAAAGGACCCCAUGA